AUGACCACCGUGGAUGUCCCGCCGUCCGGGUGGGGCUCAAAGCCCGAGGACCUCGAGCACCUAGAGGACUGGGAGGCGGAGGAUAGUAUGGGCCAACAUCUGUGCGAAGAGAUGAAUCUGGGAAGAGGCCGUCCGAUUAUGUGUCAUUGCACAGAUAAUGCCUACCUGUUUGAAGCCGGUGGAAAGUUUUACUUCUGGUAUUGCGUUGGUCUUGAUCUCUUUGAAAUCAUCUCCCCGAACACUCUGGAGCAGAUCAUCAAGACUAUGAAGGAAAGGGGAGAUGAUGGCGUGAAGACCAAGAAACUCCUAUGA